GGCAGGGUUUUUGUUUUUGUUGUUGCGUGGUUUUCUAGUUUGGCGGUUUCGCCGAAGCGACGACAGGGAAGCAUCAGCCCGGCGGGUCUGGUGCAGACAUCGCGGUGGGAUGGGCAUGACCGAGCUAACUUUAGCCCGGCUGAGCGGGAGGGCGGUACCGCCACCUGUUGAGCCGCUGUGUGCGCGGCGUGAGAUGCGUGCGUGUUCAGAUCAGACGAUUUAUAGCAUGGAUUUAUCCGGAGAUGACGCGACGGCUGCCUCCACUCAAGUGAACUGAAGAUCAACAUGCGGGUUUGCCUCUUAAAUGAAGGAGGCCCUGUCGGAGAUCAUCCAGCUGGCCACAGUGGAUUCAGAGCCGUGGGUGCUGAUGGUCGCCGACAUCCUCAAGUCCUUCCCGGAGACCGGCUCGCUCAAUCUGGACUUGGAGGAGCAGAAUCCGAAUGUGCAGGAUAUUCUCGGCGAGCUCAGGGAGAAAGUGAGUGAGUGCGAGGCAUCCGCCAUGCUUCCUUUGGAGUGCCAGUACCUGAACAAGAGUGCGUUAAUGACUCUGGUGGGACCUCUUACACCCCCCGUCAAACAUUUCCAGCUGAAGAGGAAGCCCAAGAGUGCCACCCUCCGAGCAGAGCUGCUACAGAAAUCCACAGAGACAGCCCAACAGCUUAAAAAGACAGCUGGAGUGCCUUUUCAUGCCAAAGGGAGAGGAUUGGUCAAAAAGAUUGACACUACUACUCCUCUCAAGGGGAUUCCCAAGGCCCCGUUCCGCAGUCCCACUGCCCCCAGUUUAUUCAGCCCUCCCAGCAACCGCACACCCAUUGCACCCGCGCGGACGCCCUUGCGUAAAGAGAGGGGGGUCAAGCUUUUAGAUAUUUCAGAGCUGGAUAUGGUUGGAGCUGGAAGAGAAGCUAAGAGGAGAAGGAAGACUUUGGAAACUGAGGCUGUGGAGAAAGCAGCCAAAGAGGAAGCAGCCGCGGCAGCAGUGGUGGAAAACACCACACCCGACUACGCUGCCGGCCUCGUCUCCGCACAGAAACUCGGGGCGCUGAACGAGAACCCGCUGCCGUCGACCAGCUACCUCCCCGCCACGCCCAGCAUGGUGCCCUCCUCCUCUUACAUUCCCAGCUCCGAGGCCCAGCCAGCCAACGCGGGCGGCUCCGGGCGGGACGUGCAGCAGGCGGCUCGCCAGCCGGAGGAGUCGGCGACGGCGGGCGCCGGCGCCACGGCGACCCUGCCGGGCCAGUACAAGCAGAGGACGCCGAUGUACAACGCCGGCAGCACGGCUAAUCCCGCGACCCCCACGUCGCCCAGCACGCCGGUCUCCACCCCGGCCAGCAACGGGCCCCCGGCGGCCGCCACGGCCAGCCAGCCGGAGACCCCCACGCCGACUCCCAGCACGCCUCAGACCCCCACCCCGACUCCCAGCCCCGUGCCACCACAGGCCCAGCCCAAAAAGAACCUGUCACUCACGAGAGACCAGAUGUACGCGGCCCAGGAGAUGUUCAAGACGGCCAACAAGGUCACCAGGCCAGAGAAGGCCCUGAUCCUGGGCUUCAUGGCUGGAUCCAGAGAGAACCCGUGCCCGGAGCAGGGCGAGAUCAUCCAGAUCAAGCUGAGCGAGCACACGGAGGUCCUCCCCAAAGCCGACGGCACCGGCAGCACCACCAUGCUGGUGGACACGGUCUUUGAAAUGAACUACUCCACGGGACAGUGGACCCGCCUCAAGAAAUACAAACCCAUCACCAACACCUCCUGAGGCGCCACGCUUUCUCAACAUCAACAACAAACAACAACAAAAAUCGCACGCACCUCAGAGGGGUCUGAUCCAGUUCGAAGAAGCCAUGUUUACACAUUUAAAAGUAUUUGCAUUCACGUUUGGGCCAAAUGGAGCAGCGGGCGACGUUCCUGCAUCGCCACAGUGCGGGACUCUUUGAAGAACAUUUCUGUACUUUGUUUGGUCGUUACUCGGAGCCUUUUUAUUGUUUCAGUUUUAAAGUUCCCUCCCCGAUUCCCGGAUGCUCCUCUGGUCAGAGAUUUGUACGAUUCUGGUCCGAGGAACAGUUCCCACGGCGGACACCUUUCAGCUGUUGUACUCUGAGGUGCAAGCGCGUCUCAUAAAAGAAAAGACCAGACUGUGGAUAUUUUUCUGUAUGAAUGUCACAUUUGCAGUAUAUCUUCCACCCUUCAGAACAGAAGGGUGACAAAAAAUAAAUAAAAGAACAAUGACACGUGGACUUAGAGGUGACCGGGGGAAGAAAAAAAAAAAAAAAACAAGAGCGGAGGAAAUGAGUUCUUAAUGCUGACGCGUUCGGUUUGGAGCCUGCAGGUGGAUGUUUUCAACAUUUCUUUUGUCCUUUUUCCAAAGAAGGCAAGAAAAUAAAGUAACAGAAUCCAGUGAGAUGUUUCAGCAAUUUGUAUGCCUUCCCCCCCCAUGUGUAAGUACAUUAA